AGUACUAUUUUUGACUGUAAUAUAGGAUGUACUGUUUUACCUCAUGACAUUAAUGUUUAAUAUUAAUUCGUCCUAAAAUAAUUUCUGUAAUAAUAGAAAAAGAUCUAGUACAUGUGAGGUGAAAGAAAAAGAAUUUUUUGUAUAUAUCACAUAAAUGCUGACUAUCGAAAAAACAAAAAAUUAGUAACAAUGAGCCAAAAUCUGCAAUACAGAUCGCUCAAUAAUUCUGUUUCUUCCCAAGGAGCAUACUUGCCUUUGAGACAUCAAUAAGAUAUCAGUUUUUAGGCUACUUUUUGACAUAUCGAAAAGGCAUAUCUAUAUGUUGACAAAACGAUUAGAAAUUUAUGUCACCGAAAAAAUGUCUAUUUAAAAGACGUAACACAAGUGACGAAAAAAAGUAAAUUACAAAUAGCGGUAAAAUAAGUCAUCUAAAUGACUUUUUAAUUGAAAUAAGACAGGAAAAACAACACGACUCUUCUCUGUCUUCGGAACCAACAUUUGCAAGUCGUAUUUAUACCAAAAAAGAUGACUUUGGGACAAAAAAAAAUUUGUCUUGUCCUUUUAAAGACAUCUUAAAGUUGUCUCUGUGCUACUUGGGUUGCAAUACUAAAUUAUGAAAAUGGCAGCUAUGAAUGUUUAGUUACAAUGUCAAACUAGUCCAUUCUCAGAAAGUUCGAUUUUCUAGUGUGUACAUCUAGACACAAAUACUUAUUGCUACACGGAAAAAAUGAACUAUAUAAAUUAAGAAUGACAAGUAAUAUAAUGAUAAAGUGAUCAGUAAAUACCAUCAUCCUAAAUCGUAAUUUUUUUAUUUGUGAUUAAAACGUGAAUAAUUACAGGAUAAGUAUGAAAAUUUAUUGUUUAUAUAAGAAAAAUUACUAUUUGAAUUUAAAAAAUCGUAACUGAUACUUAGAAAAUAGCCGACACGUAUUAUAAAAUUUACUAUUUGAAUGUUAAAAUUCCCCAUAUUGACAACCGGGUUCCGGGUUAUAAUUUCAAAUAGUAAUUUUUAAAGUUUUUUUUUUUCCGUGUACAAUUGUAUAAUGAUCUGAAGAACUAAGUGUACAGAAAUGGAUAAAUUAACUAAUUUAAAAGUAAUCGGAAAAUAGUAAUAAUUAUUCACUGUAAUAUUAAUACGUGUUAAUAAUAAAUAUAUUAAUUUCUACAGAACUAUCUACCCAACCUUUUUUUUCUGAUGUAAAAGCAAGAUUGUACGUCUAGUAGUGCCCUGAUCAUGGCAGAUCCAUGCAUAUCUACUCAUGUUAAAUUUUUGAUCAACGCUGUCCGCGACUUUUUCCCGAGUGUAUAUAUUUUUAUCCGACAAAGUCAAUAAUUAAAUAUUAAUAUUCAUAAAUACGCAUAUACUUGUAUUCAUAAAAUCAAUAAUAUUUGCUCUCGUCUUUUUCGAUUGCAUGAUAAACAAUUACACUAGUUUCAUAUUACCCAUACAUAUACAUAUAUAACAAACAAAUCACGCAGUUGAGUUACACACGUGUGCAAGCUUAGUUGUCCAUCUAGCCCUUGGCACAGCUUUGCUCGUUAAUUAAUAAUGUUAAGUCAAAUCAUUUGUUGUUCAAUCGCGAAUCCAAUAAUUCUCGCGUCAACUUUAAGAUAAAUUAUUAUGUUAUUUUUAUAUUUAUUAUUAUGAUUAUGAUAAUAAAUUGACAACAAAUUAUAUGCAAAAAAAAAAGUGAAAAUAUAAACGCACAUACUUUGCAGUAAACAUUUUUGUGGAAACUAUUACUUAAAAACUUAAUAGAUAAAUUUAUAAAAGCAUUAAAUGAUAUUUUAAAAAUAAUCUGCUACUUAUUAUUUGAAAAGUUGAGAUGAAAUAAUUCAAAAUCUAAAUCGAAAAAGAUGAAAAAAUCUAAAGCGACAAAAUUACAGUAACAGCAGUUGACACAAACCCUUUGAUAUUUUCUAUCGUUUUCCUCGUGGAAUGGAACUUCAACGUAGCAGCAGCUAGUUGCCCAUAAUCAUGUUUCCCACUUUUAUCAGUGAAGAAGAUGGGUAAUUAAAUGAGUUAAAUAUCAACAAGCUAUAAUAGUUCUGCUAAAUCAUUUUUACCGUCUCAUUAUUAUUUCAAACAAUACAAAUGUGUUGAAGAAAUAGCGAUAUAUUUGCUAGUAGAAAUGUACUACCGUCUUAUUUUUAUUUCAUUAUUUUUUAAUUAUUAUCUCAAUGCAUUUUAUAUAAAAAUACCGUCAAUAGAAAGGGAUAAGCGGAUUGAUUUAACGAAUAAUCUGAUUGAACGUUGUUUCCCUGAUGUAAAAGCAAAAUUAUUUUUUACUGACUCACCCGCCAAUAAGCUGUACAAGGAAUUUUACAAGAGUACGAUAGGGACAGUAACAUUGCUGGACAAAUCUGAGAACUUUAGCAUUCCAAUUAACCAAAAUAUGCCAGUUCCUUGUGUUAUUAUGAUUUUAACAUCUUCAACAAAACUGAAAGAAGUUCUUGUCAAUGAAAAAUGGAGAAAUUUCAAUAAAUUUUCCAUAAUCUUGGAUGGUGGAGAUAUCAACAAUGGAUGCGUCAAUGCUCAGUCAUUCUUAAUGGCAGCUUGGAAUAAUGACAUACUCAAUGUUAUUUUUAUGUGCUGGGAUUAUCAAAACCAAAUUACUCAACUUUACGCUUUUAAUCCUUACACGGAUUUUGCACCGAGAUCCUGGAAGAAAAUUUCAAUAAUACCAGCAAUUAAUAAUCACUCUUGGACAUUGUUUAGUCGAAUUCAUAAUGCGGACGAAGCAGCAUGUCGUCAUUUAUUUUUCGAUAAAACUAAUAAUCUUGGUGGAUACCCUAUUAAAACUAAUUUCAUAAAUUUACCACCAUAUAUGUCACAAAGAAUUGUCAACGGAGUAAGAAGUUUUGAAGGCUACGAUUAUGAAGUAAUUAAAAUACUUAGUAAUAAGUUAAACGCAAGGUUAGUAUUUGGUGAUGAAAUUGCAAAAUCUUUUGGAGAUUUUUCAAAAAACGAUAACAAAGGAUUAAUGGGGGAAGUUAUAACAGGAAAAAUCGAUUUUGCAUUGGAUUCAUUGUUGUUUAAAGACUUUUUUAAUAAAGCAGAAAUGACUUAUCCCUCGAUACAAACAGGACUUUCUGCAAUGACUAAACACCGCAAAUCGCACGUAAUUGCCGGGCAAUUAUUUUCGUUCCUUCCUCUAUCUAUUAUAGCGAUAUUUUUGGCCAUAAAUAUACUAAUAUUCGUUUUGCUGCGUUACGUAUUCAAAGAUCCAUAUUCGAAAUAUUUAAUUGACAUUUCACGUUUUUUCUUGAAUUUACCAUUGCCCUCAUCAACAGUUACCAAUCCCGGAAAAAUUAUUUUUGGCACGACCUUGAUUGCCUGGACAGUUUCCAAUAUCGUUGUACAGUCGUACUUGAAUACGUCUUUGGUAUCAAAAAAUACUGCCCGAAAUGUUGAGGAUUUAGACGAUUUAAAUGAAUUGAAGUACAACGUGCAUGCGUUCACACAAUCUGGAGCUGCAAUGAAACGGGCAGGCGUUAAAAAUGUAGAAUUCAUUAAUCAAAGUUUACACUGUUCUCAGCUUGGAAAAUAUGACGCCUAUAUUGCGACAGAAGAACUUCUUCGAAAGCACAUGGGUGAAACAUGUCAUAUGCCAAAAAGACCACUUAUAACAGGAGUGUACCUUAUUUAUUCUACUCGUCGUAAUUGGCCAAUAUUUCCAAAAAUAAAUGAUAAAUUGAAAACUUUAGUUGAAAGUGGAUUGACCAACAAUCGUCUUUCAAAAAUACUUAUGGAAUGUCAACUACCAAAACUUCAACAACCUGAUCAGUAUCAAGUGAUAUCGAUGGAACACAUUAAAUAUGUAUUUUAUAUUUAUAUUGCCCUUAAUUUAAUUUCAUUGAUUGUAUUUUUUAUAGAACUGUCAUUUGUGCGACUAUUACGAAUAACUAAUCAAGUUUUGAAUCUACUGCGUUAAUAUCAUUCUAUUGUAUGACAUCUUUUUCAAUUAUUAUUACCGACACAAUUAGUACGAGAAAACCUUUUUCGGACUUGUUUUAGUUAUCUGCUACUCGCAUGCAAAGGAAAUGCAAAUUGUUUCACGUUGCGCUUAUUUAAUAAAAGUACUUU